CGCAGUGCCUGGAUUUCGCUGGCUGCCGGGAGUGGAACGGUGGGGUUGGCAAUAAACAGGCUGUGGCUAGGAGUAGGGGGAGGGGGCGUUCGCUCUGCCGGGACUUCUCACGCCCCCUUGUUGCUUUAGGUGUGGUUUGGUGCGGACGCGGGGUCCCGGCAGCCAGCUGGAGCCUAUUCCCUUGUGAAAGGGAAAAGCAGCUCCCGCGGAAAGCGGUUCAAGUUGCAGGGAGGGUACGAGACGUGGAUUGUCCCCAUGCCAGACAAGUGGUGCGGCCCUGAGCUGGUCCCGGAGCCUGCCCGGCGUGUCUGAGAAAGGCCUCGGAGGGGCGAGAAGGUAGCUGUCGGAACGCAGUUUUUGUGAAGACGGGAAGAGUCGACUCGGAGAAGAGGAAGAGCCGGAUUGAAAAGGAGUGAGGCCACUGAGGGGGAGGGGGCUGCCAAGAUGGCGUCGGCCUCUGGGCCGUCGGCGGCCGGGUUUUCAUCCGUGGAUCCCGGGGGUCCUUCCUGCACCUCGUCCUCAGCUCUAGAGACUGACCACCUUCGGGAAGGAAUGGGCAGUAUUGAAAGAAGACUGAAGAAUGUGGAAAAUUAGGGUUAAAAUACCCAAAAAAUAGAUGGAGAAGGUGGAGUGAUGACGUCUGGAGUUGCAGUGGAGGCUGAGAGGGGUGAUGUUGGUUUCAACUGUCUGUGCUGUGGGGUCAGGAGUAAGAGAGCUUCUGGAAACAAGAGAGCCAUGGCAUCUGAGGUGCCUUAUGCCCCUGGCAUGUCCAUCAAGAAAAUAGGCCACAGAGGUGUUGAUUCCUCAGGAGAGACGACAUAUAAAAAGACAACCUCAUCAGCCUUGAAAGGUGCCAUUCAGUUAGGCAUUACUCACACUGUAGGGAGUCUGAGUACCAAACCAGAGCGGGAUGUCCUCAUGCAAGACUUUUACGUGGUGGAGAGUAUCUUCUUCCCCAGUGAAGGGAGCAACCUGACCCCUGCUCAUCACUACAAUGACUUUCGGUUCAAAACCUAUGCACCUGUUGCUUUCCGCUACUUUCGAGAAUUAUUUGGUAUCCGGCCUGAUGAUUACUUGUAUUCCCUCUGCAGUGAGCCGCUGAUUGAACUCUGCAAUUCUGGGGCUAGUGGUUCCCUCUUCUACGUGUCCAGUGAUGACGAAUUCAUCAUUAAAACAGUCCAGCAUAAAGAGGCGGAGUUUCUACAGAAGCUGCUUCCAGGAUACUACAUGAACCUCAACCAGAACCCUCGGACUUUGCUGCCUAAAUUCUAUGGACUGUACUGUGUGCAGGCAGGUGGUAAGAAUAUUCGAAUUGUGGUAAUGAAUAACCUCUUACCACGGUCAGUUAAGAUGCAUAUCAAAUAUGACCUCAAGGGCUCAACCUACAAACGACGGGCUUCCCAAAAAGAGCGAGAAAAGCCUCUCCCCACCCUUAAAGACCUGGACUUCUUACAAGACAUACCUGAUGGUCUCUUUUUGGAUGCUGAUAUGUACAAUGCUCUCUGUAAGACCCUGCAGCGUGACUGUUUGGUGCUGCAGAGUUUCAAGAUAAUGGACUAUAGCCUCCUGAUGUCAAUCCAUAACAUAGAUCACGCACAACGAGAACCCUCAGCCCAUGAAACACUAUACUCAAUUGAUACACGCAAACCAGCUCCCCAAAAGGCUCUCUAUUCCACAGCCAUGGAAUCUAUCCAGGGCGAGGCUCGGCGAGGCGGCACCAUGGAGACUGAAGACCAUAUGGGUGGCAUCCCUGCCCGGAAUAGUAAAGGGGAAAGGCUGCUGCUUUAUAUCGGGAUCAUUGACAUUCUGCAGUCUUACAGGUUUGUUAAGAAGUUGGAGCACUCUUGGAAAGCACUGGUGCAUGAUGGGGACACCGUAUCGGUGCAUCGCCCAGGCUUCUACGCUGAACGGUUCCAGCGCUUCAUGUGCAACACAGUGUUCAAGAAGAUCCCCUUGAAGCCCUCUCCUUCCAAAAAGUUUCGGUCUGGCUCAUCUUUCUCUCGGCGAGGAGGCCCCAGCGGCAACUCCUGCAUUACUUACCAGCCACCGGUCUCUGGGGAACACAAGGCACAAGUGACAACAAAGGCGGAAGUGGAGCCAGGCGUCCACUUCGGUCGUCCUGAUGUUUUACCUCAGACUCCACCUUUGGAGAAAAUCAGUGAGGUCUCGACUAUUCCUGACCCCUGUUUUUCACCUGUAGUUGGAGAGACUUUGCAAAUGUUGUCUACAAGUUCAACCCUCUUGGAAAAGCUUGAAAUUGAAGAGUCAGAGUUCACCCAAUGAGCAGAAAACCUCAGAAGACCUGGAACCAGAUUCUGUCUCUGUGAUCUCAAGAUGUCAGCCAUUGCCCCAGUAAUGCUGAGUUUUCUUCUUGGUCAUCAAAAAAGGAGUAUAAUGGAGGCUAGGGUAGCUCUCCAACUCCUUUCUGAAGAACAACUUCUCCUUCCCCUUCCUCAUGAAUGGGCAUAUUGCCUUGGACAGUUGAGGAACCAGCUUCCUCUCCACUCCCGAGUUGGAUGGCACGAGUUUUUAGCUGGCCAACUUGGGCUUCUACAAUUGAAUUGUUUUCAAACACCCAUUCUUCCUGCUGCAAGUGGGGCUGCUGGACUUGGUGGUUUCUUCCCUCUCAUCUACCUUUCACCAGGAGCUGGACUCUCAAUUUCCUCAGGACAGACUGGCUGGCACAUGAUCCCUACCAUAGCUCUUUCUCUAUGGAAGGGGAGACCCCUGUAAGCUUUGUAAAAGUUUUGGGGGAGUGAAGAUGUUUAACCACCUUCCAACCUUCUUUUUUUCCUUAAAAAGGAAAAGAAAAAAUAACGCACAGCACACAAUUUUAAGCCAGACAGUUCAGAUCAAAACUCCAGAAGUGUUGGAGAGAUGCCUAUUCAUAGGGUUUCUUCUGGAGAGCCUUGGUGUUUGAGAAGCGGAAGAGGUGAUUGCUCUGCCUGGAGCAGCUCCUCUUUAACUCCUCCUCUCUUGAUGAAUUUCUUAAGGCUAAAGGAAUGGAGAGAGUGGGACCUUGGGUAAUCUUUACCCCUUUUGUUAAAACGGUGGGGCAGUCAUGGGCUAGGCGAUCAGGGCUCUUCUUAGGCAUGAUCCUACUCACUGCCAGGCCAUAAUGAUUAUUACUGUUUUGUAAUUUGAAAUGUAUUCUGAUUGUUUUUUCUAAAUAUGAAGACAUCAAAUGAAUUUUAGAUCCUUCUCCAAAGGAGAUUUCUUCCUUAUUCUUCCCACCUUUUCUAACAGUGUUAUGCUGUUUGUGGGGCUGAGGUGGAGAGAGGGUCACCUGUGUUUGUUUAACAGGCAGCCCAUAUCUAUGAAGCUAGAGAAUCUCUCUUAAACUCAUGGGAGCCAGCAGAUUCUUGCCUCGGUGAGGCCACUGCUGUGCCGCAUGGCCUGCCCCUCUCUUCAUGCAGAGAAGUUGGGAAUGGGGGCUGUAUGAUCCCUCUCCUCCCCAUCUCAGAGUUGCAGUUCUCCAUCUGGUCCUCCUCCUCCUGUGAGGAGAAGGGGCCUGGCAUCUCAGGCAGAUUGUUGAAUUCCCAGACUAUCCUCUUCAUCCCACCCCACGUUGAUGGUAGGUUAGCCCACACCCCGAGUAACUGUCUAUAUUAGACACCCUCAGCCAGACUCUGGCUGCCUGUCUUUGCUGCCAUGUUCUUUUUUACAAGAAGGAAAGAAAGAAUUCUUGCUAGUUUUUUUCAUAAUUUACUAUUUAUGAUGUAUUUAAGUGUUUUAUUCAGGACAAAGUUCUGUAGGGGGUGGGAGGGAGUAUUCAAGGGAGGCUGGGUCUUAGGGAAGGGAAUGGGGAAUGAACAUUUUUAUGAAGUGUCACUAUUUGCCUCUACUUUGUAUUGUUCAGAAACGGCAAAUGCAAUAUAAGUGAUAACUAUCUGGUUUUAAUGUAUUAAACUUUCAUCAGUUAUUUAGA